AUGCGGACAAUGCCGCGCUGCCGACUGGCUCUUUCACAGAGCUCCCGCAAGCAGCAAAAGUACCUUGAGAAUAAACAAAUCCAGAAAUCACCCUCCAUGAAUCACUUACCUACCGAAAGGAACGUCUUGUGAGUUUGUAGCUUUUACUCAGGCACUAGCUAUGGAAAAUCUCAGCAGAGCCUAAACGCCAUAGAGUGAGUGAAUGCAGGGAAGGACAAUCUAAGGCUAAUAGAAGAAGCUGACUUCAGAGCUCUAACCCAUCUGAUAAACUUUAAAAAAAGGGUUUUAAGUGACCUCUUAGGCUCUUUAGUCCUUUCCCACUGUGCUUAACUAGCGUUCCCAAUUUUAUGUGCAGACAGAGGAAAGAUAUUUAGAGUAACCAAAGUCCUGAUCCCUGGUCACUUCAGAGCGGACAUUUAUAUAGCAGCUGCUAAGACUGUACUAUCCCUGCCUAGUCCAGCAUUCACAUCUAUCCUGUUUGACCAUGGAGGAGGGCUCUGCAGAGGAAUUUCUCUUCAAAGACCACGAUUUCUCCUCAGAAUUGCUGAGGCAGCUCAAUGCUUUAAGGCAGAACGCGAUGCUGACUGACGUUACGCUGUGCACUGAUGGCUUUGAAAUCCCUUGCCACAGGAAUGUCCUUGCUUCAAGCAGUCCGUAUUUCAAGGCGAUGUUCUGCAACAACUUUAAAGAGAGUCGCCAGGCAACAGUUGACCUGAAAGGCAUUGACUCCAAUAUUUUAUAUCAGAUUAUCCUCUAUGUUUACACCGGGGAGAUUCUUAUCACAGCUGACAAUGUUUUGUACCUAUUUGAGGCUUCUUCCAUGCUGCAGUAUGUUAAAUUGUUCGAGGCCUGCUCUUUGUACCUCCAAGACAAGUUGACUCCUGAUAACUGCCUGAGCAUGAGCAGGCUCUCCAAAAUCUUGAACUGCCAAAAUCUCAAUAUGAAAGCCAAGGCAAUGGCAUUGAAAUACUUUCCUGACGUAGCCUCUUCUGAGGACCUGAAAGAGCUUUGUGCCUUUGAACUGAUUGACUACCUUGGAGAUGAUGAGCUCUGUGGUGAGGAAGAACAGGUUUUUGAAACAUUGAUGAUCUGGAUCCAGCAUGAUCUCCAGGCCCGACAGGGUUACAUCCACGACUUGUUCAGAAAGGUCCGGCUUCAGUACGUCCACCCAACCUUCCUCUUCCACUUCAUUGCCAAUGACUCCCUCAUUCAGUCUUCACCCACUUGCAGGAACAUCCUAGAGUCAGCCAGAAGACAGAUGUUUUCUUUGUAUAGCACUAGUGCUCCUGACAUCAAACCUCUGUGGCAUGUUCCUCGUAGGUAUUCAUACCAAGAAUUCCUCAUCCUCAUUGGUGGCAGGAAGGACAACCAGCAGACAACCAGAGAUGUCCUACUAUAUAAUGAAAAGACCAGUCAAUGGCUUAGCCUUGCCAAACUUCCUGUGCGCCUUUACAAAGCCUCCUCAGUGAGUCUGCACAGCAAUAUUUAUGUGCUAGGAGGGAGACCCAUUAAUGACAAUAGAAGCCCAAUCAGUGAUAACAUUUAUAUUUUCUCCCUCAAACUAAAUCAGUGGAGGUUAGUUGAACCUAUGCUAAUUCCACGUUACUCCCACAGGAGCAUAGCCUAUAAAAAUUAUAUCUUCUCAUUUGGAGGAAUUGGAGAGAACCAAGAAAUUCUGAACUCUGUAGAGAGGUAUGACAGCAUUUAUAACACCUGUGAGAACAUGGCAAACAUGCCUGUUGCUGUCCUUCACCCUGCAGUAGCUGCUAAAGAGCAAAGAAUUUAUCUCUUUGGAGGGGAAGACAUCAUGCAAAACCCAGUCCGUCUAAUACAGGUUUACCAUGUAUCCAGGAACAUGUGGUUUCGAAUGGAGACCAGAAUAGUGAAGAAUGUCUGUGCACCGGCAGUGGUGAUUGGAGACCAGAUUAUUAUCGUUGGAGGAUAUACACGGAGAAUAAUUGCUUAUGAUACAAAAGCCAACAAGUUUGUUAAAUGUGCAGACAUGAAGGACAGACGGAUGCAUCAUGGAGCUGCUGUGAUCAAGAACAAAUUGUUUGUUACCGGUGGGCGUUGUCUCACCACCGACAACGUCAUUGAAGACUCUGAUUCAAUGGACUGCUACGAUCCUGAGACUAACACAUGGACUCCAAAGGGGACACUGCCACACAAACUCUUUGACCAUGGCUGCCUCACUCUCCAAUGUGUCCCCUGUCCAAACAUCUUGUAAAUGCACCUGGUGCUACCCUAGCAAGAAGGGCCCAGAUCGCUCUGUACAGAGCUCAUGUAGAAUAUUAACUAGCUCACACCAACACUGCUCAUAACACAACCAAAGCAGCAGCAGCCAUUUCCAGGGUGCUGGGUGGGAAACACAUGUUAUUGCCCAAAGGCCCAAUCAUGAGCUCCUCACUCAGAUUCAACUCAGGCAACAGGGUAAAAUGUUGGUCUCAUACAACGUAUUCUGGUAGGUAAACAGGAAUGCUGACGUUUCUGGGGAAAAUGUACUGUGAUAAGCCGCUUAUUGUGCAUAUAUUCUAUUGCCCUCUUCUCAGAUGAAACAAAACUGCUUGACUUUGUAGCACGCUCCCUACACUAAUUGGUGCUAAGAGAGCUUCUCAUUUCUUUCAAGUGAUAACGGACCUCCAGGAUUGAAGGAUCUGAAUUCUAUCCCUGCACUCGCCCUGGGGUUCUGAGCACCUGUUGUGCAGUACGGUGCCAACGAUGUGGUCCCACAGAGAAAACCUUCUAGUAUGAGUCAAUACUAAAAGAAAGGCUGUAAAAAAGGAACAGGUCCUACAGAAAGCUGGGGGAGAGAUUCAUUUACUUGUAAUGCUCCAUAUGAACAAACUAGACCUGAGCAAAUCCUUGCUCCUUAAAACUGAAUCUUUUCACAUUUUCAGAGGUGCAGAUUUGAAUUCUCAAACCUAAAUGCUGUCCCAGUGGCUGAAGGAAAGUGAGGCAAUGAAGAAUUUUUUUUUCACAUCUAUCUCCUCCCUCAAGGAACAGGAGAAGGGAAGAAGCCAAUAAAGAGGCAGCCCAGGAAACCCAGAUGCCAUGUGUAGAUUUUUUCUCUGUGGAGAGAAGAGCAUGCUUUCAGCCUUCCCUUUCUAUCAGGGAUUUCACCAAAGUUGAAGCAAGGUUGAUUAGGGAGCUGCUAACAACUGGAAUUCCUGCAAAGCUGGAACACGUGGGUAGUACAAAAAGGAAAAGAGCCAUCCUCCUUCCCCCGACUCCUGGGGAGCUAUAUGAGAAAGCAAAAUCCUGGGAAAGCAAAUGCCUCCAAAACAGCAUCACUCCAUUGCUUAGUUAAACAGUCCAGGUUCUGCCGCAGUUGUGUAAAGGGUUGUCACUGAGUUUACAUUUUCUUAAAGAGCAGAAUUACCAUCAGGUAAUGAGAAGAUGGGGAACUCUCAAGCUGGUCCCCAGACUGGGAGAGACUGCUGACAACACUGGUGAGCAGCAUCUAGAAGAAGGAGGUCAGAAAUUUUACACAGUUCUCCUUGUACUUGAAAUGAAGCAAUGCCUUUAUGAGAGCAGGUUAAUUUAAAGGAGUUGAAUAAGAGGGGAAGCCUUCAAAUGUUAAUGUUGUCUUACAUAAGAAAAUUGUGAUUGUUGUUAUUGAUUUGUAUGGGCAUUGUACCUGCUUGUUCUCUACAAUUUGAUAAAAAAAAUUGCACUUGUUUU